UUCGAUGACAGAUCGUCCAAUUACAUCUGCUGCAUACAGAAUAGCUAAGCUUGUCGGGUAUUUGUUUUCUUCUUAAAGGAUCUACAAAUUAGACUCUAAUCAUUAGACUCCAUAGUCUUAGCCUAAGACGGGGCCGUUUCCACCAUUUGCUUGGCAAAUCCCCUGGAAGAAAAGUACCCGACGCAUGUACCUUGGGCGGUCGCCAAAAAGGACCCGAUGAGCCACUCAAUCGGUACCCGCGACUCCCAAUCGCGAAUUUGUGACAACAUUCAUACAGUUUUCAUCACCGACGCUCCUCUCUGAGUGCCGACACGCAGAUUGAAUGGAAGCUUACACCAACAUAUCACGAAAUUUCACGACUGGCUAACAAUCCAUCUACGUGAUACCUGCGGACAUUGUAGCCAUUCGAUAGGUAGACACCAAAUCGACAUGGCAACUUUCCCUCUGAGCAGGGAUAACAAUCAAUUCUGCGAUUGCCAGAACAUGGGGUCUCUUCUCAUGGACGACAUAGAUCGAGCCUCUGGAGGACUGACCACGGUACCGCCCCCAGCACAACCACAUUCUAUUUCUAUAGACUGCGCGCUGCUUCUUGGUCAUCGUCUCACGCUCCAGUGGGAGCGCAUCAAUGGGUGUUUCAAUGUGGAGGAGCAUCUGGAUCCAGGCGCUCUGCUGACUGUAGCGAAUGCAAUUGAGAGAGUACUGAAACUAUACGAAGUAGGAUUGGAGAGUACAAAGUCCCAUCGGCAGUCUCGUGCGACCUCCCCUUCUGACAAUGCUUCACCAUCAUCGCGAGGAAAUUAUCCUUCGUCUUCACGGUUCCAAGUCACUGCCGUACCGACUUCUCUGGGUGAACUGGAGCUCGACGACGAGGAGGCACGUAUAGUAGCCCAAGAAGCAUUGCGCUACAUGAUUUCCAGGCUAGGUGAGAUGUUGAAGGACAUUGAGGAGGAAGAUAGACAAGUGAGAAUGGAUCCAAGCGGAAGCCAAGUUGAUCUCCUCGGGGAAGUCAAAAGGGCACGGGAGCUGAUGCUAAGACUGCUUGGACGAGUUCCAAGAUGAUAAUACAGGUAAUGCUGCGCCACUUCAUCGUACAGAAUG